AUGACAGUUUCAGACUAUACCCUGAACCACCAAGAGCUGGGCAGCAUCAUCGGCUUAGCCAGAGACGAUGAUGUUGUUCAGUUUCGCGGUAUCCCUUUCGCGUCUAUUCCUGGUCGUUUUCGCCAGAGCAUCUUGAGAGCUGGGCCAUUGCCUUCGCAGCCAUUCACUGCUCGCCAACCAGGCCCUGAAUGUCCCCAAUUGGUCCUACCAUUUCCUCUGUACUGGACGGCGCCACCUCCUACUGGGUACCCUGCUCUAGAAAAGCCCAUCCAAGAUGAGUUCAACUGCCUGAACCUCUCCAUCACCGCACCACGAAAGGCUCUUGAAGCAGGCCAGAACGUGCCUGUACUGGUCUUCAUCCAUGGCGGCGCUUUCAUGGGCGGCAGUCAGUCAAUUCAACUAUCUGGACGCGAAAUCUACGAUGCUACCGACCUGGUAAGGGCGAGUCUUGCUCGGGAUCAGCCGGUCGUGGUAGUCACCAUCAACUACCGCGUGGGACUUCUGGGAUUCCUCACUUCGGAAAAGCUGGCGGAGAGGAGUCACGCUCAUGGGGAGGCAGUCGGCAACUACGGACUUCAUGACCAACGACAGGCGCUGGAAUGGGUCUCUCGUUUCAUUGCCGGGUUCGGAGGUGCUUCUGAUCGCAUCACUAUUCACGGAACGAGCGCGGGCGGUGCCUCGUGUCAUUACCAGGUCAACUUUCCCAAUCGCAAGUUCCAGAGUGCCAUUCUGUCCAGUGGCACAUCUGUCGGUAUCGCAUCGCGGCCUAUGCCAUGGCAUCAGGAGCGCUUCGACUAUGUGCUAUCUCAAAUACCAAGCCUGCAAGCGGAUGAUUCUCUACUUGAUUCAUUGGUAGAUCUUCCUCUUGACCAGCUCUUGCCAGCAUCGCCGCCGUCGCUCUACAGCCCACUCGUUGAUGGUGAAUGGGUUCCCGAGGCAGGUCUCAAACCGACCUUGGAAAAGUUGGGCAAGGCUGGCGAAACCCUACCGAACUUGAUGAUUGGUGCAACAGAGUAUGAGCGAGAUCUUACAUUGAUGUUACUGUCGGAUCUGUCAAAGCCUCUGCCGCCUCCGCCUCGACCAGAGGCAGAGAUACUCCCUAUCGCGCAGGAGGUACUUGCGGGUAGUGCCAUGACUCCCCAACUGAACUCUGACGACAGCCCUUUCUGCGUCCCUGAAAUUGCCAAAGCGUAUAAUCUGAGCCGAGAAAAGUCUUGCGUAGACUCUUUUGAGGACGUGGCAGGCCUGAUGGCGGACGUGGCAUUCCGUACCCCACCGAUAUACUCAGCAGCGGUCAUCAAGAAGCAUCAGAUCACGCACGGCAAUGCUUCACACGUGCUUCUCUACGAGAUCCAAGCUACGAAUCCAUUCAAGAACUGGUCAUUGGGCUACAAGAGAGCCAACCAUGGCAUCAAUGACAUUUUCCUCUUCAACCCAGCGGAAGAUCAGGUCCCGGCAGAACACCUUGAGAAUUGGGUAUCUACUGUCGGCCAGAUCCGAGCUGCGUGGCUUGAAUUUUGCUAUGGAAAGAUGCCAUGGACUCCGUUCCAGUGGUCAGAUGAUAUUGAAUCUCUAGGGGGUAUUUAUGUGUUCCCAGAUGGUGGGGAGGGCAGAUUGUGCAAGACGUUGGAUGAGGUUGAUGGUGCAGCGACAGCUACGCGAUGGCGUGCAGUUUUGAAGACUUCAUUUCAAUGUAUUUAG